AUGCCGGACCCCAGAGAUUGCUGCCGCGCCGGGAGCCGGCCGGGCCUCCGCAGGGGGCGCCCGCCGCCCGGGGAGGAAAGUGGCAACUCUAAGACACUACUGCGUCCUCCGCAGGUGUAUGAGCAGCUCUAUGACACGCUGGAUAUCACGGGCAGCGCAGAGAUCCGGGCUCAUGCCACGGCCAAGGCCACAGUAGCUGCCUUCACAGCCAGUGAGGGGCAUGCACAUCCCAGGGUAGUGGAGCUGCCCAAGACAGAUGAGGGCCUGGGCUUCAACAUCAUGGGUGGCAAAGAGCAGAACUCACCCAUCUACAUCUCGCGAGUCAUCCCCGGAGGUGUAGCUGAUCGGCAUGGAGGCCUUAAGCGUGGAGACCAGUUGCUGUCGGUGAACGGUGUGAGCGUGGAGGGCGAGCAGCAUGAGAAGGCAGUGGAGCUGCUGAAGGCGGCCCAGGGCUCCGUGAAGCUGGUGGUGCGGUAUACGCCCCGUGUGCUGGAGGAGAUGGAGGCCCGCUUUGAGAAGAUGCGCUCCGCUCGCCGGCGCCAGCAGCACCAGAGCUACUCGUCCUUGGAGUCACGAGGCUGAAACUACAGAUCUGGACCCUUACUUCUCCCUUGUACAGUAUUUAUUGUCACCCUAUUUAAAGAUCUUUGACCCUCA